CACACAAAGAAUUUUUUCCAGAUGUUUAACAUCUGAACAUUUUUCAAUGUAUUUGAAAUCCAGAUGUUCAAUGGGAAUUUUAAACGUUUUUGUUGUUCCAAAACCCCACAGUGAUGGAUAAUCUUUGGUGGUCAUAGCUGGUUAUCAGCGCCCCGCCUCGGGGAGGUCGAGGCCGCUGCCACAGCUCCGGCUACGGCGCACGUGACGAGGGAGGGGCGGGUCGCCCCAAAAUAUAUUUUAUAUAUAUAUAUUUUUUGAGACGGAGUUCACUCUUGUUGUCCAGACUGGAGUCCAGUAGCUUGAUCUCAGCUCACUGCAAUCUCCACCUCCUGGGUUCAAGUGAUUCUCCUGCCUCAGCCUCCCGAGUAGCUGGGAUUACAGGUGCCCACCACCAUGCCUGGCUAAUUUUGUAUUUUUAGUAGAGAUGGGGUUUCACCAUGUUAGCCAGGCUGGUCUUGAACUUCUGACCUCAGGUGAUCCGCCCGCCUUGGCCUCCCAAAGUGCUGGGAUUACAGGUGUGAGCCACCGCAUCUGGCCUAACAUUUUUUUUUCUUACAGUAUAUUACUUAGUUAUAGGGAAAGUAGAUCAGAUGGGGCCAUUGAGAAAAAAAAAAAAAAUCAAGUAAUUUUGGUCUCUGGUCUCUUGACUCCCAAACUUUGGUCCUAGGAUGACUAGUUUCAGCUUCAUCUGGGACCAAAAUGCAAAUUAUUAUUAUUAUUAUUACUGAGACAGGGUCUUGCUCUGUCACCCAGGCUGGAGUACAGAGGCACCACCCCUGAGCCUUGACCUACCAAAUUCAAGUGAUUUUCCCACUUCAGCCUCCCAAGUAGGUGGCAUGCAUCACUGUACCUGGCUAACUUUUUAAUUUAUUGUAAAGACAAGGUCUCACUAUGUUGCUCAGGCUGGUUUCAAACUCCUGGGGUCAACUAAUCCUCCCCCUCAGCCUCUGGCAAGUGCUGUGAUUAUAGGCAUCACAGUCAGAGGUCAACCACCUUUCUUUCUGCUACCACACCUGUCAGAAACAUAAAUUAUUAAACUUACCUGGAACAUACUGAACUGUUAGGGCAGUACCCUGUAGCCUGAAUUUUAAUUUAUUUUAUUUUUUUGAGAUGGAGUCUCGCUGUCUCGCCCAGGCUGGAGUGCAAUGGCACCAUCUAGACUCACUGGAACCUCCUCCUCCUCCUCCUGGAUUCAAGUGAUUCUCCUGCCUGAGCCUCCCAAGUAGCUGGGAUUACAGGUGCCUGCCACCAUGCCCGGCUAAUUUUUUUGUAUUUUUAGUAGAGACGGGGUUUCACCAUGUUCGCCAGGCUAGCCUUGAACACCUGACCUCAAGUGAUCCACCCUCCUCAGCCUCCCAAAGUGCUGGGAUUACAGGCAUAAACCACCGCUUCUGGUCUAUAACCUUUAUUUCUACAGCCCCUCCAGGUGAUGAGAUGUUAAAGUAAAAUAUGCAAACCACUGAUCAGUACUGUCCUUACCCUCAAGCUACAGGCACACCCAAUUUGGCUGAUAGUCAUGGAAACCAGUGUUUUGGUAAUACAAUUAAUGAGUCAGUCACCCACCCGGUGUUAAACAAUUUCCACAAGUGAAUUCCAUAGUAAGUCUUGUCUUGAAAUGUUCAUUGGCCAUGACCUAUUUUUGGCAACUUAUUUUUCAUUUUCUAAGGCCCCAGAUGUCAGGAUUUUCAUAUUUCCAAUUGCUAGAUGUAUGCUGAUAGAAGAUUGCCCCUAGCCGAAUGCACCUUAACAUUUGCCUAUUUAAAUACUUUGUAAACUGUCUUUUGCAAGUAUUUGCUUGGCAUCAUUCAGCAUCCAGGAAGUGUUUCCAUUCAUAACUUUGUCGCAUCAAAAUCAGGUACAGACCAUACCAGCUCACACAGAGAUGGCAAGACCAGUUCUAGACUUGCUGCCUGGGUCUUUAAAAUUACACAUGUUAAACUUCUUUCCCCCACUGUGAGAUGAGAAUUUAUUUUUUAUUUUCUGAAGCACAGUUUUGCUCAUCACCCAGGCUCGAGUGCAGUGGCGUGAUCUCAGCUCACUGCAACUUCUGUCUCUCAAGCCAUUCACCUGCCUCUGGAGUAGCUAGGAUGACAGGCACCCACCACCACGCCCAGAAAAUUUUUGCAUUUUUAGUAGAGACUGGGUUUCGGCAUGUUGGCCAGGCUGGUCUUGAAGUCCUGACCUCAGGUGAUCAGCCAGUUUUGGCCUCCUAAAGUGCUGGGAUUGCAGGUAUGAGCCACCACACCUAGCCUAAAAUGAGAAUUUAAAAUAAUGCUUUGGGACUGGGCUCAGUGUCUCGUGCCUAUAAUCCCAGUGCUUUGGGAGGCUGAGGUGGAUAGAUCUCGGGGUCAGCAGUUCGAGACCAUCCUGGCCAACAUGCUGAAACCCUGUCUCUACCAAAAAUACAAAAAUUAGCUGGGCAUGGUGAUGUGUGUAUGUAAUUUCAGCUAAUGGGAGGCUGAGGCAGGAGAAUCACUUGAACCUGGGAGGGGGAGGCUGCAGUGAGCGGAGAUCGUGCCACUGCCCUCCAGCCUGGCGAUAGAGCAAGACUCCAUCUCAAAAUAAAAUAAACAAAAUAAAAUAAUGCUUUGGGUUCUGUGAUCUACACAGCAACUUCUUAUGUUGCUAAUUAGAUGAAUGGUAUAGAAAGUAAAAUGAUUGGGUCCCAGGAGAAGCAGGGUUUUCUCGUGAAUCCAGUUGGGAAAUGUCUCAGUUACAGAAGGAUUGUUGUUUUAGUUAAAGAUGUGCUUCGGAAAUGUCUUCUUUGUUCACAUUAGUAUCAUUAUCAUUAUCAUGUUUAAAAUAAAAUUAAAUUAAAAACACCAUUUACAAACCACCUGGCCACCCAGAGCAGAUUUACAGUCAGCACUCUGUUUCCCUGAGGCCUGAAUCCUUGGAUUCAGACAACCUCAGAUAGAAAAUACUUGGGCAGGGAAAAAGAAUGGUUGCUUCUGUACUGAGCAUGUACAGACUUUUUUUUUCUUUCUUGGCAUUAUUCCCUAAUGAAUACAGCAUAACAACAGUUUACAUAGCAUUUACAUUGUAUUUGGUAUUAUAAGUUAUUUAGAAAUGAUUUAAAGUACAAGCAAGGCUGUGCAUAGGUUAUAUGCAAAUAUUACAUCAUGUUAUAUUAGGGACCUGUGCACCUGUGGACGUUGGUAUCCUCAGAUGUCCUGGAACUUAUCCCUUUGAGAGACAACUGUACUUCAUAGGCUGUCCAAAAUGAAUUGGACUGCCAGCAUUCUAUACUUUUCCAUGUAUUACUCUAAGGUCAGGGGUAAAAACAAAUCCCUGUAUUUUAUAAUUAAGAAUGAAUCCCUGAGUCAUUUGACCUGCUUCAGUAACAAAGCAAACCACAUAAAAAUACCCUCCCAGGCUGGGUGCAGUGACUUACACCUAUAAUCCCAGCACUUUGGGAGGGUGAGGUGGGUGGAUCACAAGGUCAAGAGAUCGAGACCAUCCUGGCCAACAUGGAUGAAACCUCGUCUCUACUAAAAAUACAAAAAUUAGCCGAGCAUGGUGGCGUGCGCCUGUAUUCCCAGCUACUUGGGAUGCUGAGGCAGGAGAAUCACUUGAACCCGGGAGGUGGAGGUUGCAGUGAGCUAAGAUCAUGCCACUGCACUCCAGCCUGGCAACAGAGCAAGACUCCAUCUCAAAAACAAAACAAAACAAAAAAAAUCCUUUUAAGGAAAGCCAUCAGGUAGCCUCAGAAUGGAUACAAUCUCACCGCACUUACCUAACCUUUUCUGCCAACGCAGCUGAGCCUCUCAAAGCUACUUUCAAACUCUCUCGGGGCCAGUCUUUGCUUUCAUUUACCUUUACAUGUCUAGGGUUGCUGCUCAAACCUGUGUCCCCUCAAGUCCUUUCCCAACUAAAGGAUGGCAGUUACUUGGCAAUAGACAAACAAGUCUCAGAACAAUUAUGAGGGUGUAACGAAGUUUGCAUUGGUACACGCAAUUAAAUAGAGGAAAGACGCAUGAGGGAAUGUGUACACAACCCUCCUCCCUCUGGCACCCUUGCAUGGAGGUGCUUCUCCACCAAAGGUCGUGUGCUCCUCUGGAAUUAAGUCCCAGUUUUUUAGCCCAGGAUGCAAGGUCUUUUCCACCUUCCUCACUGGUUGGCCUAGCCUGGCAUGUAGCAAACUCUCAGUGUCAUCCGCCUCCAACUCAGUUUUCCCCAGGUCUUGCAUACCUUGGCCUUCAGAUGGGAAGCCAAGAGGUGCUGAGUGUAAAGGUGGCCGAGAGAAAGGAGAAUAGACCCAGAGUCAGGCAAGCAAGUUUUAUUAACCUGCUGGGCUGCUCCGCAACCAUCAGAGGAGGCAGCCCUGAGCUUACAAAAUGAGGGGUUUAUAUGAGGUGAGAGGGGCAUAAGGGAGUUUCAAAACUGAGGUCAUCUAUCCAUUGGUAACAGGCACGGAGAUAGUUUGUCAACUUGGACCUACAGUACAUCAUUCUGUGACUUUUGUGGCGGCAGUUUUAAGAAAAGAGAGAAACCAGGAUUUUUUACAGAUAUGUGUCAAACAGGAAUUUAUGAGUAUGGUUAACCAACAUUUGUUUUCCCUGUCCUCCUUGGAGCUGCCCGGAUGGGUGUAAUCAGGCUUUGCUUAAUUGUAGCACGUCUGGCAGCCUUGAUAUGGUGCCUAGGUAGGAGUUCAGAAAUGCAGCUGCAGAGCAAUCAGAGUCGCGGGGAAGGGGUCAGCUUGGGUGGAGGGGGUUUUCUAAGUCAGCUUGUCCCUAACACUGAGCAUGUGGAGGAGGGUGAUCUUUUCCCCCUUUGAUUAUUUUUUUUCAUUGAGAUUCUAAGUCCUCUGUCAUUUCAAAGAAAGGAUACUCUCUUAAUGUUGGAGCUAUGUUCUACAUAUCUUCCUUCCUAAGUGGAAAAAAAAUCAUUAAAUAGGCCAGGCAUGGUGGUUCACACCUGUAAUCCCAACACUUUGGGGAGGCCAAAGUGGGUGGAUCGCUUGAGCCCAAGAGUUCAAGACCAGCUUGGCCAACAUGGGGAAACCCUGUCUCUUCUAAAAAUACAAAAAUUAGCUGGGCAUGGUGACACAUGCCUGUAAUCCCAGCUACUGGGGAGGCUGAGGCAGGAGCAUUGCUUGAGCCCAGGAGGUCAAGGCUGCAGUGAGAUGUGAUGGUGCCACUGCAUUCCAGCCUGGGCGACAGAGUCAGACACUGCCUCAAAGGAAAAAACCCAAACACACCUCAAGUAACAUCUGCGAAAUAAAGACUUCUGAAUGGAAUACAGAGAAAGCCUCUAAGAUGGCCCCAGGGGAGCAGUAACAUGUCUAGCCAGAUUAAUUGGCUAGUUUAGGAAUAAUUGUUUCCAAAGUAAGUGACAAGGCAGGGCUGGCUGGUGUCAACUUUGUCCUGGGCUAUAGUUAAAGGCAGGCUGGGAGGGCUGACUUGUUCAGUCUUAGUAGCAAAAAAGUGCAUGGUGUCUGGAUAAGCAGGUUGUACAGCCUAUUAGAAAAGUGACAGGUAACAGUUUUCCUCUAAAACAAUAAGUGAUGUUUUUUAAAGUUCUCCUGUUGAGAUUUUUUUUUUGUUGUUGAGACAGAGUUUCACUCUUGUUGUCCAGGCUGGAGUGCAAUGGUGUGAUCUCAGCUAACUGCAACCCCUGCCUCCUGGGUUCAAGCGAUUCUCCUGCCUCAGCCUCCCGAGUAGCUGGGGUUACAGGUGCGUGCCACCACACCCAGCUAAUUUUUGUGUUUUUAGUAGAGUUGGGGUUUCACCAUGUUGGACAGGAUAGCCUCUAUCUGUUGACCUUGUGAUCCGCCUGCCUCGGAAGGAGAGUAACCCGAGUCCCAGGACCACAGAUGAAGUCCUCCUAUUGACAUUGUUAAAUACCAGAAUCUGAGAGUGGAGAAAAUCAGCCCAAAGACAGACAAAAAAGCUGGGAAGAAAAUCUACUACAUUUUUCAACACACAAACAAUGCCAUUUGAAGUAGUGGAUUGAGUAUAGAACUAUUACCAACAUUCCUAAUUUGGUUAGUGUCUAUAUUUCUUAAUAUAGUAAUAGUUAAAGUCUGUCUCCUAAGUUUGUAUAAAUCUGACUCCCUAUGUCAUUGGCCAAUUGGAAAUAAUAAUGUAAACAGACUCUGUUGCCCUAAUUAUGUGCACUGAAUGCUUUGUCAAAUUGUAACUAUUUUAGCAUUCAUUCUAAGCCUAAGGUCUUUGCCAAACAAGAUAUUGAAUUACUCUCUUUUGUUUAGGAAUAGAAUACACAAUAACCUAAUAUUUAAAAGUAUUAUUCAGAAGACGAAAAUCCUGAGAUUGAAUUUUUCUUUAUCAUAAAUUUUAGAUGAUUCUUUUUGCUCUACUCCAUAGAAGACACUAAGAAUUAGCUUGAUCUGCUUUCUUAUUUUAUUUUUUUCUACUUGACCUAAAAAUCCAGGGGUGGGUUACACAGAGUUUACUUAGGAGACUUUGGUAAGGGAGAGAGAAAAAUUAUAUACAAUCUGGAAACACAAAACAUGUAAACAAUGAAAGCUAGAAGAAUGGAAGCGACAAUGUGCUCAGGAAAUGAUGUGUCAUUUUGUCGGAGGUCAGGGUGCCCUGAGUCCAGGGAGGGUAACACUGGUUUUCCUGACCAUUGUGAACGCAAGGAAUCCGCGUGUUGUCCUAUCAGUUCCAUUCAGGGCAGGGUAAAGACUUUUCAAAUGCAAGAAUAUGUGCAUUAAAGGGCAUUCUUUCUUCGUGGGGUGGGGUAGUGAAUGCCUUGGGGUUCAGGCACCGAGUUGUUUAGGCCAGGUAAAUAGUGACGGGAAAUUGCCAGGCAGUCAGUGGUGAAGUUGGUAUUUUGCAAGUCAUUUUACGAGAAUACCAUAUAAAAUGCAUUAAUCUGUAUUUCAUUAAAAAUUAGCUCGUGGGAAGGUGAAAAGUUGAAGACAAGAACCUUCUAAGUAAAACAGCUUGAUAUUCCUUGGCCAGAACACAGUAUUUACAAAUAGGGGAUUAAAACAUUCACUUCCUAGGCACUGGCUAGGCUUAACUGGGCAGGCAUAUGACACUUCUGAGCAUUCAAUCCCGUUCUCUGAGUGGUUAAAGCCUGAGUGCCCACCAAAUCCCUAUCUCAGCAUCAUCUGUGACCAAGAUUCAAAUUCUUUCCCAUGAAGCUCUAAGGUCUCAUCUGACUCAGUAGAUGUAGCUUAUGACUUGCCCGUUUGACCCCAGUAUUCUAAGACAAACACCACAGCGGAUGCUGGAAGUGAAAGGAGAGGAGGGGUUUGUUUCAAAGUCAGGGGCCCAAGGUGCCCCGGCAAUUUCAGACUCCCUGGGACCGGAACUCCUCCCCCAAUAAGCUCUUGUUUUUGCAAAACAGUGGGGUGGGGCCAAAAAGCAUUACAAUGGAGCUGGGAUGGAUGAGGCUUUCUUUUAUUUGAAAUGUCACUUGUGUCAGGUUUCAUGAAACAGUGCAUUGGAAAACAGAAGCUAUGUUCUGUCCCGUGGGUUGCGCUGGAAGAGCCGAGAAACCAGGUUGUGGAUCUUUGCCACCAACAACAAGAGAGGGCACGUUCAGCCGCCCGCUAGGGGACUAGCAGGAAACGGCACGCCUGCCAGAGCUCAUCACUUCAACUCUGGCUUUCACUGCGCUCAUUCUCUGAAUGGCAAAACGGGGGGCGGGGGUGGCAUGGGAAAUGAAAGAAAAGAGAUCCGGGAAAGUAAAUCUGCCCGGGGAAAGAGAGUUACCGGAGUUUUAGCAAAACAGCUAGCAGAUGUAGACGGGGAGGCAGAGGGAGGAGAGAAGGCUGGGCUUCAGCAACCUGCCACGGAAAUUCAAACAAAGGAGGUUUGAGAGAGGCGGAUCCGGCUGUAAUAUCGGCACGGGGACACGGAGACAGCUGCUGGACUCUCGGGAUGAAACGGAAUCGAUUCCCAGCGUCUCCAUCGGGGCAGGAAUGUCUGGAGUAUGUUCCAAAAUAAGUCAGAGAAACGAGUGAGUUUGGAAAAAAGACUUAGAGAUUUUGACGGUCUCUGACAUUUCACCCUUCUUAGAGGCAUGCCUUUAUCAAUGCGUUACCUCUUUGUAAUUUCUGUCUCUAGUGUAAUUAUUUUCAUCGUCUUCUCUGUGUUCAAUUUUGGGGGCGAUCAAAGCUUCCAGAGGCUAAAUAUCUCAGACUCUUUGAUGCUGACUCGAGUUUGCACAUCUUUUAUCAAUGGGAAAACACCUUUCCUGUGGAAAAACAAACUAAUGAUCCAUGAGAAGUCUUCUUGCAAGGAAUACUUGACCCACAGCCACUACAUCACAACCCCUUUAUCUAAGGAAGAAGCUGAAUUUCCCUUGGCGUAUAUAAUGGUCAUCCAUCAUCACUUCGACACCUUUGCAAGGCUCUUCAGGGCUAUUUACAUGCCCCAAAAUAUCUACUGUGUCCAUGUGGAUGAAAAAGCAACAACUGAAUUUAAAGAAGCAGUAGAGCAACUGUUGAGCUGCUUCCCAAAUGCUUUUCUGGCUUCCAAGAUGGAACCAGUUGUCUAUGGUGGAAUCUCCAGGCUCCAGGCUGACCUGAACUGUAUCAAAGAUCUUUCUGCCUUGGAGGUCUCCUGGAAGUACGUUAUCAACACCUGUGGGCAAGACUUCCCCCUGAAAACCAACAAGGAAAUAGUUCAGUAUCUGAAGGGAUUUAAAGGGAAAAAUAUCACCCCAGGAGUGCUGCCCCCGGCUCAUGCAAUUGGACGGACUAAAUAUGUGCACCAAGAGCACCUGGGCAAAGAGCUUUCCUAUGUGAUAAGAACGACAGCACUGAAACCGCCUCCCCCCCAUAACCUCACUAUUUACUUUGGCUCUGCCUAUGUGGCUCUAUCCAGAGAGUUUGCCGACUUUGUUCUGCAUGACCCACGGGCUGUUGAUUUGCUCCAGUGGUCCAAGGACACUUUCAGUCCUGAUGAGCAUUUCUGGGUGACACUCAAUAGGAUUCCAGGUGUUCCUGGCUCUAUGCCAAAUGCAUCCUGGACUGGAAACCUCAGAGCUAUAAAGUGGAAUGACAUGGAAGACAAACAUGGAGGCUGCCACGGCCACUAUGUACAUGGUAUUUGUAUCUAUGGAAACGGAGACUUAAAGUGGCUGGUUAAUUCACCAAGCCUGUUUGCUAACAAGUUUGAGCUUAAUACCUACCCCCUGACUGUGGAAUGCCUAGAACUGAGGCAUCGCGAAAGAACCCUCAAUCAGAGUGAAACUGCCAUACAACCCAGCUGGUAUUUUUGAGCUAUGGUAACUCCUGACUGAAGGGAAAUUGCAGCUGAGAAGAGGAGCCCGUCUUUGGGAGAGACUUUUGCCUUCCUAAUGUUAAUGGUUUCAGGACCUGGCACAUAAUUAUACUUAAAUUAUCCACUGGACAGACCAGGUGUAGUGGCUCAUGCCUGUAAUCCCAGCACUUUGGGGGCCGAAGUGGGUGGAUCACAUGAGGUCGGCAGUUCAAGACCGGCCUGACCAACGUGGAGAAACCCCGUCUCUACUAAAAAUACAAAAAAAUUAGCCAGGCGUGGUGGUGGGCGCCUGUAAUCCCAGCUACUUGGGAGGCUAAGGCAGGAGAAUCACUUGAACCUGAGAGGCAGAGGUUACAGUGAGCCAAGAUCACACCAUUGCACUCCAGCCUGGGCAACAAAAGCGAAACUCUGUCUCAAAAAAAAAAAAAAAAAAUCCACUGGACACUGUGAAAUAUGCUAACAGGAUGGCUGGGUAGAGCAAUCUGGGCACUUUGGCCAGUUUUAGUGUUGCUGUUUCUUGAUGUUCACCUCUAUAUUAGCUUAUUGUUAUGAUCAACGAUAAAUUUAAAUGAUAUCAGAUCUUUGCACCAGAUACUCAUCAUAUACAAAUGUUUUAAUGAAAAAGAGAAUUGUAGAUAAUACUGUCUAGGAAAAUAAGAAUUAGGUUUCUUUGAAGAAGGAAUCUUUUAUAAACACAUUAACAGUCACCACUCCGCUCAACCAGACAGGUAUUGAAAUAGCUUUCUGGGUAAUUCACCAAUUUCCUUGAAAACGUAAGCUACUUGAAUGGAGAAUUGAUUUUGUUUCUAAGUUUCAACACUAGUAUUUUUAGUUUACUCAUGGCUAAAGUUCUGUAUAUAGCAUAAAGUCAUUAAGAAGAAACAGGAUGUGCUUUAAGACGGAAUUCACUGUCUGUUGCUUCAGUAAAGGGACCUCGGGGAAUAGAACAUUUCUCUCUUAUAUGCUGGAAUGAAGGCUGGUCCCUAUGUCAUGUUUUCCAUUGAGAACACUGAAAAGUCCUUGCAAGAAUGAAGAUAAGCAUUCAAGAGAGGUGCUAUCGCAUAGAUCUGUCUGAAGUUUGGAACACUUUCCUCUUCUGUGACCCCCCUCUCCCCAGUAUUAUCUUACUUGCAAAAUAGAGACCAAAUUCUAUCCUGUGAGGCUUUUAAUUGCACCAUGGUAUUCUCUGAGUAGCUUUACAAUGCCUGGUACUGAUGGGAGGGGCUCAAUUUUUAAGAGCCUUCAGGUGUAAAUGAGCAUCUCUUUUUAUUUAUCCCUCAUUCAUUCAUCCAUCCAUUCAUUCAUUCAGCCUGCAUUCAAUGAAGAUUUCUUGAAUGUCUGUUAUGUACAGGACAUGUACUGAGACAAAAAGGAAAAAUAAGAGCUUUUUCCACUCUAAAAAUCUUGGCAAUAAUGUCAACACCAGAAAGCCUCAUCUAGAGAAUCUUACAGAGUGGUUGUAUUUUAAUACAGGCAUGCACGGGUCUGUGUAGCAUGAUACCAGGCCCAGGAGAUCAGUAAUUACAAAUUAGGGGUUAAAUCAGAGUUUAAUCAACAGAGAGAGAGAAAGGAGGAGACAGAGCGAGGGCCUGUUGUGUUCCAGGCAUUCUGGCAGUCCUUUAUGUAUUGAAUUUCAUUCAAACCUUAUAACAGUCUUGUGAGGCUCUCAUAUAAUUAUUCCCAUUUUGCAGAUGAAGUAACUGAGGCCUAGAACGGUUAACAGCAUCAGGGAAUAAUUUCUCUGUGAGAAUUAGGACUCUGUUACUGGUGUCCUGAUUUCAUUUCCUGAGGUGGAUUUACUAAGAGAAGGUGAAAUAAAGCCAUAUUUAGGAUACCAAAGAAGGUAGGUUUUAAGAAUGGUCUCAGUGUUAAUAAUGAGAAAAAGUCCUGUCAGCUCAGAAAAAAUGUGAAGUCUGCUUUACAAUUCCUGUAACCCAUUGAGUUUCUAAAUAUUUAUUCUAACAAAAAGCAAUUACUACAAUGGAUGAUACAUUUAAUGAACACAAUUUUCUAUAACUGUACUUGUUGAAUGUUAAUCAUAUUUAAAGGGAAUGACUUUGAAGUAAAACCUUUUUUUCUUGCUACUGAAAAAAAAAAAUGGAAUUAUUUUGGGUGGUAAAGUGUUAAGGAGUAGAGAAGGCUGGUCACACCAGCAACCAUCGAAGGCCACAUGUGGAAACCCGUCACUUGCAGAGAGGCCAGCCUCCCUAAGGUGACCAGAGUGGGCUCCAAGCACACAUUGUCAUUGCUGUAGAUGAGGCUGUGUCCCCUCUCCCCGAAAGUCAUAUGUUGGAUCCUUAACUCUUAGAGUGAUGGUAUUUGAGAUGGGGCCUCUGGUAAGGGAAGUUCAGAUAAGGUCACAAGGGUGUGGUCCUCCUGAUGAGAUGAGUGUCCUUUUAAGAGCUCUGGCUUGGGCUGGGCGUGCUGGUUCAUGCCUUGUAAUCCCAGCAUUUUGGGAGGCUGAGGCGAGGGGAUCACUUGUUGCCAGGAAUUCCAGACCAGCCUGGCCAACAUGGUGAAACCCUGUCUCUACUAAAAAAUACAAAAAUUAGCUGGGCGUGGUGGCACCUACCUGUAAUCCCAGCUAUUCAGGAGGCUGAGGCAUGAGAAUCUCCUGAACCCAGGAGGCAGCGGUUGCAGUGAGCUGAGAUCGCCCCACUGCACUCCAGCCCAGGUGACAGAGCAAGACUUUGCCUCAAAACAAAACAGGUGUAGGGAUAGGGAGUGCACACAGGGUCAGUAGUGAGGUCUAAAAAUGGUUUCUUUUCAACCUAUUUAAAUGACAGCACCUGAGAAGAAAUGUUUUACACUGGAUGUCUCUCAUGUAGAACGAGAACUCUUUCUGGAAAAGAUGUUUACAUGUCCGUUGUUGGGCGUCUCUCCUAUGUCUUAAAUACCUUAAUGCUGGAAGAGCAUGGUGUGGGGCUAGUAGAUCUCGGACAGCCCACGGGAAUGUCCUGAAACUACUGUAUCUGAUGUUUGUUUUCGAUGAGAUUCCAUGUUUUGUUUUCUUGGGAAUAAAUUAAUAUAUUGUUUUCCA